AGCUCAUGAAGAAAGUAGAGAGCCACAACUCAAAAUGAAGUUCACCAUUUCAUUUUUGUUAUUUUUUUGGGUCCUAAUCCCCUUUGCAUUUAGUGAUCUAAAAGUUGGAUUCUAUAACUCAAGUUGCCCAAAAGCAGAGUAUAUUGUACGUCAAGUUGUUCAAACCAAUUUCAACAAAAACAAUUUCAUUACCGCUGCUUUUCUCCGUAUGCACUUCCAUGACUGCUUUGCUAGAGGGUGUGAUGCAUCCAUAUUAAUUGACUCAAUGCCCGGAAAGGAAUCAGAAAAAGAUGCAGCACCAAACAAAAGUGUAAGAGGAUACGAAAUAAUAGACGAAAUCAAAAGAAUCCUAGAAAAAGUAUGUCCAUCAACGGUUUCAUGUGCCGACAUAAUAUCUUUAGCGACGAGAGAUUCUGUUGUUUUAGCUGGAGGACCAAAUUACAAUGUCCCAACUGGAAGACGUGAUGGAUUAAUAAUAUCAACUCUUGAAGAAAUAAACAUUCCAUCGCCAAGAUCUUCUAUUUCGGAUGCUUUAAAAUUUUUUAAUUCAAAAGGCAUGACAUUAGAAGAAAUGGUUACCCUUUUAGGAGCACACACCGUUGGAUUCACUCAUUGUAAUUUCAUUAGAAAUAGGCUUAGUAAUCAUUCUUCAAUGGAACCUAGUUUAAGAAACAAGUUGGUUGGUUUGUGUAGUAUGCAAGGUGACCCAAAUGUGUUUUUGGAUCAAAACACUUCUUUUGUGUUUGAUAAUCAAUUUUAUAAUCAAAUUUUGUUGGAGAGGGGAGUAUUGGCUUUUGAUCAACAAUUCGCUUCGGAUUCGAUGACGAAAAAGGUUGUGAUGAGAUUUGCUCGAAAUGGUGAGAGUUUUAUGGAGAGAUUCGUUGAUGCUAUGAUAAAGAUGGGAAAUAUUGGUGUUUUGCUUGGAAAUGAGGGUGAGAUUAGGAGGAAUUGUAGAGUUUUUAAUUCAUAGUAGCUAUGAUUUGAAAUAUUAAUAUUGAUUAUAACUUAUAAGUCACGUUUGCUUAUUGUGAACAACUCUCAUUUUCUCGAUCUUGUAUCCAAGUUUAAUAUUGAAGAAAAUAAUAGUAACUUUAUUAUAGA